AAUUGAAAUGGCUAUAACUCUGUCUCUCCUCUCCGUAUUGUGCCCGUCAAUCACCCCAACGAGAUCAACCCCGAUUCGAUCCAGGGAGGAGGAGGAGGAGGAGGGUUUAUCUCGCCAUCAUCUUUCCCUAAUUGAAACAAUAUUAAUUGGAUUUGAAAAUGGCGCCAGUAUCAGCAUUAGCAAAGUACAAACUGGUAUUUUUGGGUGACCAAUCUGUUGGUAAAACCAGCAUCAUCACUCGCUUCAUGUACGAUAAAUUUGAUAACACCUAUCAGGCAACAAUUGGUAUUGAUUUUCUAUCAAAAACCAUGUAUCUUGAAGAUCGAACCGUUCGACUACAGUUGUGGGAUACGGCUGGACAGGAAAGAUUUAGAAGUCUUAUUCCAAGCUACAUCCGGGACUCAUCCGUAGCCGUUAUUGUAUAUGAUGUUGCAAGCCGACAGACUUUCUUAAAUACAACAAAGUGGAUUGAAGAGGUGCGAACAGAGAGAGGCAGUGAUGUCAUUAUUGUUCUUGUUGGGAACAAAACUGAUCUCGUUGAAAAGAGACAAGUCUCCAUAGAGGACGGGGAAGCAAAAGCACGUGAGCUCAAUGUCAUGUUUAUUGAAACUAGCGCUAAAGCUGGAUUUAAUAUUAAGGCCCUUUUUCGGAAAAUUGCUGCUGCAUUACCUGGAAUGGAAACACUAUCUUCUGCAAAACAAGAAGACUUGGUUGAUGUAAACUUAAAGUCUUCAUCUGGGAAUGCUCAAUCUCAAACUCAAUCAAGUGGAUGUUCUUGUUGAACACACUUUAUCUUGUACUUGUGUUGCCGUGUAGCAUUAUGUGUUGUGCUUUUUUGCUCUAUGUAGGUUUCUCUAUAGUUUUCUACAACAUUAAAUGAAAAAUUCAAAGAUUACUUUAGCUGUGCGAGGGAGGGGUUGAUAGAAGUUGUUUGUAGUAAAAUUCUAUUAGUUGGUUAUGGUUAUGCCGCGAUAAUGUACUAUUGUAUUAAAAUUGUCAAACUUGACAUUGGAUUAUGUUCAUUGCACUCUGAGAAGAUAUGGUUGAUGUGAACCUAAAAUCUUCUAGCUGCCAUGAGUCUCAACCUCAGUCUGGUGGAUGUUCUUGCUGAAUGUGCCUUAUCUUAGUGCUCUUUGAUCUUUAUGCUUCAUUUUAUUUGUUUUGAACUGUACGUGACUGAACUAUGUAAAGGUUCUAUAGUGUUUUAGAUUUUUACAACAUUAUUUUUA